AUGAUACACACCGGAUUGAACGGUCCCGGUGAGGUUACCUCUACGGAAAGUCAAGAAACAUUGGAAAGCAACGAGUCAAAUUUGGAACAUCAAGCCGGGUCUGAGAAAUAUUGGGCUCAUGGAAUGCCCGUGACAGGUAGCUAUCUCGAUACCAAUGGAGAUGACUUUGACUCAGACCCCUCGUAUGACGAAGAGGAAGAAGAAGAAGAAGAGGAGGAUGAUGAGGAAGAAACUGAUCUGUCCAAUAAUAAACCUCCACCGGAAGAUAUCGACGGGUCUAAUGUAAAUAAACAAAACACAUCCAUUUUCACAUUUAACCUUCCAUUUGGCGGAAAGUCGCUGAUCCCGGUAGCACCGUUUAGCAACUUACGCAAGACUUUGCUUCCUGCAUCAUCAGACGACAAAGCUCAAUUGAAGCGUAGAAGGAAAAUCAAGCAAAAACUAAAACGACAGGAAACGAUUUCAUCUAUUGAAGAGAUUGAGCUUUUCCAAAAUCAAAAGGGCAUUGAUAAUGUUCGUGCACGAGCAGUAAAAAGGGCUUUGACACCAGGUGCUUUACUUAGUACAAUCAAAUCGCUUUCUACCGACCAACAAGCUACCACGCAUGAUGGUUACCCCUUGGACAGAAUGGAAACCAUUUGGGAUGAGCUAGAAGGGAACGUUGUCUUUUUAGGCGGAUAUAGAGGAAGCAUCUUGCGGGAUUCAAAUACGAAACGCCGAAUUUGGCUGCCAAUACGUGCUGGCUUCAAUAUUCGCAAAGUGGAUUUGUUGAUUGGACCCGAACCUAACUCAGAACGUGAAGCUCAAUCUAAGCUUUAUCCUGACGGAAUGCUAACUCAUUUAGGGCCCGUCGACGUAUGCAAGAAACUCAUCAAAAGACUAAGAAGUAAUCCUAAUGUAGAAGUUGAGGAUUUUGGCUACGACUGGAGACUCUCGCUUGACAUACCAGCUAGCGAUUUGACCAAAAGAUUGACCGAAAUAUACGAAAAUCAAAAAGUUAAAAAAGGGACCUUUCUCGUUGCACACUCCAUGGGUGGAUUAGUUGCCCACAAAGUACUUCAAGAGAACACUCAUUUGAUAAGAGGGAUUAUAUACGUUGGGUCACCGAGCCAAUGUCCCAACAUCUUGGGUCCAAUGAAAUUUGGAGAUGAGGUAAUUUUCAACAAAAGCAUCCUGAGCGCCGAAUCCACCUUUUUCAUGCGAAGCAGUUUCUAUUUUUUGCCUUUUGACGGAAGAUGUUUUGCAAACACAGAUACAUUAGAGCGUUACGAUUUAGAUUUUUUUGAUCCCAAAGUAUGGCGAGAAUACGGCCUUUCACCGCUGGUGAGCAAUGAGCGGCUCAAAGAUGAAGAAGAUAAAGUUGUCCAAAUGAACUCGACCGAGAAAGACAAGUUCAGCUUAAUCCCACAUGUGGACAUGAUGAGGUCAUUGAGCAGUAACGAAGAACCGGUCCGUUUUGUUACACCUUUUGAGAAAUGCCAAGAGUAUUUGGAAAGGACUUUGAAAGAAACUCGCGAAUUUCUCGAGAGCCUUGAGUAUGACCAAGGUAAAGAAUAUCCACCUCUAGCAAUUGUUUAUGGCAAUCGCAUACCAACAGUACGCGGGGCAAAGGUCAAUAACAAGGCCCAGAUAAAGAGUGGUCAAUACGACGACUUCUAUUACGGUCCCGGGGAUGGCGUGGUACACCACAAAUGGCUAUUGCCGGAAACGCGUGGUUUUCCUGUAGUGGCCAAGAUUGCUUCCGAGUGUGCCCAUGUCAGUCUAAUGACCGAUUUUGAAGCAAUGGCAAAGGCAUUUAUAUCACUUGUAGACAGCGAGUAG